AAAAUAAAAAAAAAAGAAAUGUCUUCAAAAUUUUUGGCAGAGUUAUCCAACGACUAUGAGAAACUUUUUGAAACUGAAAUAGGAUAUGAUGUUAUUAUUUAUGCAGGAGAAGAACAAAAUGUUAAAGAAAUUCAUGCUCAUUCAAAUAUUUUAUGUGCUAGGUCUCAAUAUUUUCGUACUGCAUUUUCUAAUGAAUGGGCUAAAAAAGAAAAUGGAAAAUUUAUUUUGAGAAAACAAAAUAUCAGUCCACAUUUAUUUGAUAUUAUUCUUAGAUUCCUCUAUUGUGGAAAUAUUGAAUUAAAGAAUUUACAAGGGCCGGUUGUAUUGAACUUGUUGAUAGCGGUGGAUGAACUUAAUAUUCAUUCAUUGAUUACUUAUAUUCAAGAAUAUUUGAUAGAACAUCAAACUGAAUUAUUACAUCAAAAUCCAACCGGUAUUCUUGAAAUUGUUUAUCAACAUGAAACAUUUACGGAUUUAUGGAAUUUUUGUCUUGAAAAUAUUUGUGAAGAACCCAAAGUAUUAUUUAAUUCUGAUAAUUUUAUUAAUUUAAAAGCUCCUUUAUUAGAAUUAUUGUUGAAACGGGACGAUUUAUAUAUGGAUGAAAUUGAAAUUUGGGAUAAUUUGUUGAAAUGGUGUUUCACACAACAGAAUAUAAUGAAUGAUCCAACAAAAUGGAGCAAAGAUGAUAUUAUAAAAAUUGAAAGGUCAUUACACAGAUUUAUUCCAUUAAUUCGAUUUUAUGAUAUUAAACCAACAGAAUUUUUUUACAAAGUUUAUUGUUAUAAAGACAUCUUACCACAAGACUUAAUUCAUGAUCUUUUGGAGUUUCAUAUUGUUCCUGAUAAGAAACAUAAAACUAAUUUACCACCUUCACGAAAGCAAUAUUUAAAACUUGAUUCAAACUUAGUUGAACCAAAUCUUAUUCCCCUUUUUGCUUCAUGGAUCAAUAGAAAGGAAUCUUCAUAUUAUGACAAAAAAGAUAUUCCUUAUAAAUUUAAAUUAUUACAUCGUUCAAAUAGAGAUGGAAUUGAUACUAAAUCAUUUCAUAGAAAUUGUGAUGAUAAAGGAGCUACUAUUUGGAUAGCAAAAAUUAAAAAUUCAACAAAAUUAGUUGGAGGUUAUAAUCCGCUUGAUUGGAAUGGAGAUGGUUGGAAAAAUACUAGUGAUAGUUUUUUAUUCAGUUUUGCAGAUUGGAAAAAUAUUUCUAAUGCUACAACAAAGUUAUCUUACAUCAAUAGUGGAAAAACUUGGGCUGUUUAUUGUAAUAAUAAUUUUGGGCCACAAAUGGGUGAUUUAUAUUACUCUAAUUCCAAUAAUUGGACUUAUCUUGGUCAAUCAGAAUACUAUCCUAAUUUAGAUAUUCCAAAAAUUAUUACAAUAUUGGAUUAUGAAGUAUUUCAAGUAAUUAAAAAAUAACGAAAAUGAAGAAAGAAAUUUUUAAUACAGUAAUAAUGAGUAACAGUUGUUGUGUAACUUGAUGUCAUAAAAUGAACUUGUAUUUUAUUAUUUUAUUUUUUAUCAUAAAUAAACCAUUUUUAUUGAGAUAGUA